AUGGCUGAGCCGAUAGUCCAGCCAGACUCCCCCCUGGCCGCCUACCUCGCAUCUGUCGACGCCAUGCCCCUCAGCCUGCUCACCACCAUCCUCAGCAAACUACGGAGCUUCCUCAGCCUCAGCCUCACCCAGGCCUCCAGCCAGACUUCUACGACGCCCACCACACCCCCCCCAGACAUAUCCACCCUGCUCAUCCUCAUCGGAUACCACCUCUCCCCCCGCUGGGCACUCUGCUCGGCCCCCCUCAUCGCACUCGCCCUCUGCCGCCCCAGAACCCACCUCCGACACAUCCCCCACCGCAACCCACGCACCCGCCAGCUCCACAUCCAGGCCGCCAUCAUCCCCGAGAUCGCCAAGCUCGUCAACACCAGCCAGGCCCUCGACCUGCGCGUCAGCCGGGCCAUCGGCGCCGUCAAGGAAAUCGAAUGCGUCGCACUCGGCCUGCGUCUAUCAAACCCCAUGCCCCCCGUCUCCCGCCUCGAAACCGCUGCCUUCCCCUUCGCCGGCCCCUCCGCCGACCCAGCCCCAGAAGACAGCCUGCACGCCCUAGGCCUCCGCAAAGUCCUCCAGCGCGUCCUCGACCAGGCCCGCCACCAGUUCGAGAACACCGCCGCCGAGCUCGAAGCCGUCAUCCUCAGCCACAUCCACAACCCCUCCCCCACAAGCCCCUCCUCCAACCCCUCAACCGUCUCCCCCGCCGCCUCCUCCUCCUCCUCCUCCUCCUCCGCAUCCUCCUCCACCCUGGCCGCCCUCAUGGAAAUGUACGGCUGCUCCCGGCUCGACCCCCAAACCCUCAGGGGCUCGACCAACGAGCGCGCCCGCCGACAGGCCUGGCGCGCCAGCCUCCACUCGCGCAUCCACGACAGCGCACCCCUUCUCUCGCCCGUCGCCGCCUCGAACGACCCCUUCCAGCUCGUCUCCACGCCCCCCAGCGCCAAGCGCCUCUCGCUCCAGCAAACCCCGCUCUCGCCCAGCCCGAGCCCCUCGGCCUUGGAGCACCAUCUCGAGGCGCGCAGGCUGCUCGCGGCCCGCAAGCCGCGCUGCCGGAGCAGCUUCGGCACGCCCUCCCACUCCCACGAGUACCACCAGCUCAGAUCCAUCGACGCCAGCAGCAGCAGUCCGACGGAGCACUCCGCCCACCGCCGCUCCCCGCGCCCGGUCUCCUUCCACGCCGCCUCCCACUCGCCCACGCCUGCUGGCCCGGCCACCGCCCCCGACGGCCGCCGGGCCUCGCUGCUCAUCCCUGUCGGCCGCUCUCCGAAGCCGAGGCCCAGCUCGAUGUCCGCCACCUCCUCCUUCCGCACCCUCGCCUCCUCGAGCCCGAUCAGCCAUGCGCGCCGCUCGCCGGACCUCUACCCGGAGAUCCAUCUGCCCAGCAGCCCGCCGACGGCCACCGGCUCCGAGGAGCCCAGCUCGCCCCUCGUCGACCGAGUCGUCCCCUUCUCCCUCCUGGCGCUCCAGAACAGCUUCGAGCGCAUGCACGUCUCCCGAAAACGUCUCAUGUGCUGUCUCCUCGCACUCGACUUCACCCUCUUCACCCCACACACCCUGCCCAUGUGGCAAGACACGCUCGAGACCGUCCAGGGCCUGCUCAAGACCGUCGACGCCCUCGCCGGCGAGCUGACCGCGGGGAUGUCGGUCGAGUUCGGCCCGGGCUCCUUCGACACCGCCUCGCCCGACCACCGGCCGGCCACCCGGGACGACCCGAGCCACGCCCGUCGCAGGGACUCCCGCAAGCUGCAGGAACGCGGGCAGGAGGAGGAUAGCGGCGGGUCGUGGGAAGGGCUGCGCGACUUCGGCCCGCCGAUGGCCGAGGCGGACAAGAAGACGCGCAGACAGAGCGAGCUGAUGGGGCAGAUGCAGGCCAUGGACCUCGCCCUCCGGACGAUCGCGGCGAAGAUGAAGGUGUGUGUGGAGGCGCUGGGCAAGGAGGGUCCGCGGGCGGUCGGGGUGCACGAGUCGAUCCGGGGGGACCUGGAGCUUCUUGCGCGCGAAUGGGACGCCAGUCGGGCCAAGAUCCGGCUGCUCGUCGACGGCGACACUCCGCCCCCCGCUGCCGCCUCGGCCCGUCGGUCCCGGCUCAGACCGCACUCGCUCGACAGCAGUCUCAGCAUCGAGUCGUCCGGCCCCGCCUCGUCGAUCUCCUCCAGCGAGGCCCUCACGCCCGUCGGCGAGCACGCCCCGCCCGCGCUCUACGCCUCCAAAGCCGACGACAACGACGAGGAGGAGGAGGAGGACGAGGGCGCGCCGCUGUUGCGCACGGGGCCCCGGGCCUCCAUGGCGCCCCCGCCGGGCCUCGAGGCCAUCCUUGCGGGCGCCCUCCCCGCCGCCGUCGCCACGCCUCCGCGUCGGAGCCCCGACACCCCCCCGGCGCCGCCGACGAGGACGCUCAAGUUGUCCGCCGCCGAGCUGGCCGAACUCACCCGGUGCAGACGCCGCGAAUCCGCCGCCUUCGCCCCCCGCCCCGCCUCCCUCAUCGCCCUCCAUCCCCCCGCCAUCCCCGCCACCCCCCCGCCCGCCGUGGUGACCGAACUCAAGGACGUCCUCCUCGCGCUCAAGACCCGCAGGUCGUCCACCAUCGACUCGCUCUAG